AUGCACCAUGAAAUUUGUUUGCACAAGGUUCACAAGAGGCUUAUGCAUUUCAUAUAUGUUAAUUUGAUAGCUGAAGUGAGGCUCGAAAGUGACUGGUAUGGAGUUAAAUGUUGUGAGUUAGACAUUGGUGAGGUAUGUUUGAGAGCCUUACUAUUUACAUUUGUAUUCAGAUGGGAGACCAAUGUCUCAAUUUUUGUCUUAGCUGAGGAGUACCUAACUGAUCAAGUUACAUUGGAAAUUGCUUCUGUGAACAUCAGGACUCUUACUUCAGAUUCUGGCCUAGUCCAACAGCCAGAAGAUAAAGACUCACACAACCAUACUGAUGAAUCACUUUCAGAUCUCAAGAAAGCCUGCAAGGAAAAUGGCACCUGCUCCUUGUGCUUAUUUCGUGCACCGACCAUCAGUGACAUGCUCAAUGAUGAGGACUUGUUGUACACUGUGAGGCUAAAGCUGGAUCCCUGCCACCCAACAGUGAAAAACUGGAGAAAUUUAGCAAGCAAAUGGGGGAUGACUUAUGAUGAGUUGUGUUUCCUUGAACAGAAGCCACAAAGUCCUACCUUGGAGUUCUUGCUACGCAAUAGCGACAGGACUGUGGAGCAGCUGAUUGAGCUCUGUAAAUUUUAUAAGAGGAUCGAUGUUGUGAAGGUGCUACUGAAAUGGGUGGAGGAAGAAUGGCCCAAAAGAGGGAACAGAACCUACCAGAAUGACUUCUAGGUCAAAUAAAUUGUUAGUCUGUGCUGGUUAGAAGUUGGGACUAGCUGCUGCUAGCAGA